GGACAGUAUAAGCAUGGAAAAUAUUAUCGAUUCGUUUUUGAGAAUAUAAACUCUUUGGAGUCAAUUAAGUUGAUAGCUAACAGUCAUUCUAAAUAAAAUAGUGGUAUAUGGUGGAUAAAACAUUUACUCUGGAAAGAUGACUUCCAUUGGAAAUAUAUGUUUGUUGAUAUUUUAUCAUUCGGGUAUCCAGUUAAUUUAUUCGGCAACGACAACAUCAAAUACAGGAUUUUCAGAAACUACAUCCUAUCCAUCAAGUUCAGUUCCGUCAUCAACAACUGAGCAUGUUACUGUAGCACAAACGUCAAGACUGCCAAACACAACGACACAAUAUAAUUUUACAACGACAUCAUCAACAUUGAUAACAACGGAAUCAUUGUCAACGGAGCUAAGAACAAAUGCACCAGCGCCAACAACAAUGGUUCCAACGACGACAACAUUAUUAGAAACAACUGAAUCUUUAACAAAUGUGCCAACCACAUCGGCACCAACGUUGGAAACCUCGACCGCGCCACACACAACCAUCCCGAUAGAAACAACAGUAACACUGGGGGUAGCAUCUGACACAUCAACGUCAUUUCCAACAACGACAACAACGUUGGAAACCUCGACCGCGCCACACACAACCAUCCCGAUAGAAACAACAGUAACAAUGGGGGAAACAUCUGACACAUCAACGUCAUUUCCAACAACGACAACAACGUUGGAAACUUCGACCGAGCCACACACAACCAUCCCGAUAGAAACAACAGUAACAAUAGGGGAAACAUCUGACACAUCAACGUCAUUUCCAACAACGACAACAACGUUGGAAACCUCGACCGCGCCACACACAACCAUCCCGAUAGAAACAACAGUGACAAUGGGGGUAACAUCUGACACAUCAACGUUAUUUCCAACAACGACAACAACGUUGGAAACCUCCACCGAGCCAUACACAAUCAUCUCGAUAGAAACAACAGUAACAAUGGGGGAAACAUCUGACGCAUCAACGUCAUUUCCAGCAUCGUACUCCACAACAACGCAAUGGUCGCAAAAUUGUGGACCUAUAAAUACAAUAUCUAACGGCCAAAUUGAUCUGAAUGAUCCAUCCAACAUGACGUAUGGUGCCUCCGCUAACGUCACAUGUGAAUCUGGAUUUGACGCUAGUAUAGAUCAAGUUACCUGUUUAAGUAAUGGAUCAUGGUCAGAAGCAUCGUGUUUGCCUAAAGAUUGUGGAUCUGUUGAAACUAUUUCAAAUGGACAAAUUGAUCUGAAUGAUCCAUCCAACACGACAUAUGGUGCCGCUGCCAACGUCACAUGUGAAUCUGGAUUUGACGCUAGUAUAGAUCAAGUGACCUGUUUAAGUAAUGGAUCAUGGUCAGAAGCAUUGUGUUCGCCUAAAGAUUGUGGACCUGUUGAAAGUAUACCGAAUGGACAAACUGAUCUUAAUGAUCAAUCCAACACGACAUAUGGUGCCGCUGCGAACGUCACAUGUAACUCUGGAUAUGACGCUAGUUUAGAUCAAGUGAUCUGUUUAAGUAAUGGAUCAUGGUCAGAAGCAUCGUGCACACCUAAAGAUUGUAGAUCUGUAGAAACUAUUUCGAAUGGACAAAUUGAUCUGAAUGAUCCAUCCAACACGACAUAUGGUGCCGCUGCCAACGUCACAUGUGAAUCUGGAUUUGACGCCAGUAUAGAUCAAGUGACCUGUUUAAGUAAUGGAUCAUGGUCAAAAGCAUCGUGUUCGCCUAAAGAUUGUGGAUCUGUUGAAACUAUUUCGAAUGGACAAAUUGAUCUAAAUGAUCCAUCCAACACGACAUAUGGUGCCGCUGCCAACUUCACAUGUGAAUCUGGAUUUGACGCCAGUAUAGAUCAAGUGACCUGUUUAAGUAAUGGAUCAUGGUCAGAAGCAUCGUGUUCGCCUAAAGAUUGUGGAUCUGUUGAAACUAUUUCGAAUGGACAAAUUGAUCUGAAUGAUACAUCCAACACGACAUAUGGUGCCGCUGCCAACGUCACAUGUGAAUCUGGAUUUGACGCCAGUAUAGAUCAAAUGACCUGUUUAAGUAAUGGAUCAUGGUCAGAAGCAUCGUGUUCGCCUAAAGAUUGUGGACCUUUUGAAACUAUACCGAAUGGACAAACUGAUCUUAAUGAUCCAUCCAACACGACAUAUGGUGCCGCUGCCAACGUCACAUGUUACUCUGGAUAUGACGCUAGUAUAGAUCAAGUGAUCUGUUUAAGUAAUGGAUCAUGGUUAGAAGCAUCGUGCACACCUAAAGAUUGUGGACCUGUUGAAACUAUACCGAAUGGACAAACUGAUCUUAAUGAUCCAUCCAACACGACAUAUGGUGCUGCUGCUAACGUCACAUGUAACUCUGGAUAUGACGCUAGUAUAGAUCAAGUGAUCUGUUUAAGUAAUGGAUCAUGGUCAGAAGCAUCGUGCAUACCUAAAGAUUGUGGACCUGUCGAAUCAUUACCGAACGGACGCAUUGAUCUGAAUGAUCCAUCCAACAUGACGUAUGGUGCCUCCGCUAACGUCACAUGUGAAUCUGGUUUUGACGCUAGUAUAGAUCAAGUUAUCUGUUUAAGUAAUGGAUCAUGGUCAGAAGCAUCGUGUUUGCCUAAAGAUUGUGGAUCUGUUGAAACUAUUUCGAAUGGACAAAUUGAUCUGAAUGAUCCAUCCAACACGACAUAUGGUGCCGCUGCCAACGUCACAUGUGAAUCUGGAUUUGACGCCAGUAUAGAUCAAGUGACAUGUAUAAGUAAUGGAUCAUGGUCAGAAGCAUUGUGUUCGCCUAAAGAUUGUGGACCUGUUGAAAGUAUACCGAAUGGACAAACUGAUCUUAAUGAUCCAUCCAACACGACAUAUGGUGCCGCUGCUAACGUCACAUGUAACUCUGGAUAUGACGCUAGUAUAGAUCAAGUGAUCUGUUUAAGUAAUGGAUCAUGGUCAGAAGCAUCGUGCAUACCUAAAGAUUGUGGACCUGUCGAAUCAUUACCGAACGGACGCAUUGAUCUGAAUGAUCCAUCCAACAUGACGUAUGGUGCCUCCGCUAACGUCACAUGUGAAUCUGGUUUUGACGCUAGUAUAGAUCAAGUUAUCUGUUUAAGUAAUGGAUCAUGGUCAGAAGCAUCGUGUUUGCCUAAAGAUUGUGGAUCUGUUGAAACUAUUUCGAAUGGACAAAUCGAUCUGAAUGAUCCAUCCAACACGACAUAUGGUGCCGCUGCCAACGUCACAUGUGAAUCUGGAUUUGACGCCAGUAUAGAUCAAGUGACAUGUAUAAGUAAUGGAUCUUGGUCAGAAGCAUUGUGUUCGCCUAAAGAUUGUGGACCUGUUGAAAGUAUACCGAAUGGACAAACUGAUCUUAAUGAUCCAUCCAACACGACAUAUGGUGCCGCUGCCAACGUCACAUGUAACUCUGGAUAUGACGCUAGUAUAGAUCAAGUGAUCUGUUUAAGUAAUGGAUCAUGGUCAGAAGCAUCGUGCAUACCUAAAGAUUGUGGACCUGUCGAAUCAUUACCGAACGGACGCAUUGAUCUGAAUGAUCCAUCCAACAUGACGUAUGGUGCCUCCACUAACGUCACAUGUGAAUCUGGAUUUGACGCUAGUAUAGAUCAAGUUACCUGUUUAAGUAAUGGAUCAUGGUCAGAAGCAUCGUGUUUGCCUAAAGAUUGUGGAUCUGUUGAAACUAUUUCGAAUGGACAAAUCGAUCUGAAUGAUCCAUCCAACACGACAUAUGGUGCCGCUGCCAACGUCACAUGUGAAUCUGGAUUUGACGCCAGUAUAGAUCAAGUGACAUGUAUAAGUAAUGGAUCAUGGUCAGAAGCAUUGUGUUCGCCUAAAGAUUGUGGACCUGUUGAAAGUAUACCGAAUGGACAAACUGAUCUUAAUGAUCCAUCCAGCACGACAUAUGGUGCCGCUGCCAACGUCACAUGUAACUCUGGAUAUGACGCUAGUAUAGAUCAAGUGAUCUGUUUAAGUAAUGGAUCAUGGUCAGAAGCAUCGUGCAUACCUAAAGAUUGUGGACCUGUCGAAUCAUUACCGAAAGGACGCAUUGAUCGGAAUGAUCCAUCCAACAUGACGUAUGGUGCCUCCGCUAACGUCACAUGUGAAUCUGGAUUUGACGCUAGUAUAGAUCAAGUUACCUGUUUAAGUAACGGAUCAUGGUCAGAAGCAUUUUGUUUGCCUAAAGAUUGUGGAUCUGUUGAAACUAUUUCGAAUGGACAAAUUGAUCUGAAUGAUCCAUCCAACAUGACGUAUGGUGCCUCCGCUAACGUCACAUGUGAAUCUGGAUUUGACGCUAGUAUAGAUCAAGUUACCUGUUUAAGUAAUGGAUCAUGGUCAGAAGCAUCGUGUUUGCCUAAAGAUUGUGGAUCUGUUGAAACUAUUUCGAAUGGACAAAUCGAUCUGAAUGAUCCAUCCAACACGACAUAUGGUGCCGCUGCCAACGUCACAUGUGAAUCUGGAUUUGACGCCAGUAUAGAUCAAGUGACAUGUAUAAGUAAUGGAUCAUGGUCAGAAGCAUUGUGUUCGCCUAAAGAUUGUGGACCUGUUGAAAGUAUACCGAAUGGACAAACUGAUCUUAAUGAUCCAUCCAACACGACAUAUGGUGCCGCUGCCAACGUCACAUGUAACUCUGGAUAUGACGCUAGUAUAGAUCAAGUGAUCUGUUUAAGUAAUGGAUCAUGGUCAGAAGCAUCGUGCAUACCUAAAGAUUGUGGACCUGUCGAAUCAUUACCGAACGGACGCAUUGAUCUGAAUGAUCCAUCCAACAUGACGUAUGGUGCCUCCGCUAACGUCACAUGUGAAUCUGGAUUUGACGCUAGUAUAGAUCAAGUUACCUGUUUAAGUAAUGGAUCAUGGUCAGAAGCAUUUUGUUUGCCUAAAGAUUGUGGAUCUGUUGAAACUAUUUCGAAUGGACAAAUUGAUCUGAAUGAUCCAUCCAACACGACAUAUGGUGCCGCUGCCAACGUCACAUGUGAAUCUGGAUUUGACGCCAGUAUAGAUCAAGUGACAUGUAUAAGUAAUGGAUCAUGGUCAGAAGCAUUGUGUUCGCCUAAAGAUUGUGGAUCUGUUGAAACUAUUUCGAAUGGACAAAUUGAUCUGAAUGAUCCAUCCAACAUGACGUAUGGUGCCUCCGCUAACGUCACAUGUGAAUCUGGAUUUGACGCUAGUAUAGAUCAAGUUACCUGUUUAAGUAAUGGAUCAUGGUCAGAAGCAUCGUGUUUGCCUAAAGAUUGUGGAUCUGUUGAAACUAUUUCGAAUGGACAAAUCGAUCUGAAUGAUCCAUCCAACACGACAUAUGGUGCCGCUGCCAACGUCACAUGUGAAUCUGGAUUUGACGCCAGUAUAGAUCAAGUGACAUGUAUAAGUAAUGGAUCAUGGUCAGAAGCAUUGUGUUCGCCUAAAGAUUGUGGACCUGUUGAAAGUAUACCGAAUGGACAAACUGAUCUUAAUGAUCCAUCCAACACGACAUAUGGUGCCGCUGCCAACGUCACAUGUAACUCUGGAUAUGACGCUAGUAUAGAUCAAGUGAUCUGUUUAAGUAAUGGAUCAUGGUCAGAAGCAUCGUGCAUACCUAAAGAUUGUGGACCUGUCGAAUCAUUACCGAACGGACGCAUUGAUCUGAAUGAUCCAUCCAACAUGACGUAUGGUGCCUCCGCUAACGUCACAUGUGAAUCUGGAUUUGACGCUAGUAUAGAUCAAGUUACCUGUUUAAGUAAUGGAUCAUGGUCAGAAGCAUUUUGUUUGCCUAAAGAUUGUGGAUCUGUUGAAACUAUUUCGAAUGGACAAAUUGAUCUGAAUGAUCCAUCCAACACGACAUAUGGUGCCGCUGCCAACGUCACAUGUGAAUCUGGAUUUGACGCCAGUAUAGAUCAAGUGACAUGUAUAAGUAAUGGAUCAUGGUCAGAAGCAUUGUGUUCGCCUAAAGAUUGUGGAUCUGUUGAAACUAUUUCGAAUGGACAAAUUGAUCUAAAUGAUCCAUCCAAC